AUAAUUAAAAAAAAUAAAAGAAUGUGAACAUUGUGGCAAUCGCUAGUUUUCUUCAUCCAAAGUGCAGUCGCUGUGCUCGCGACUGCGCAUCGGUUGCUAAUUGCCAAUCAGCCCAUCAUUUCGAACUUUCUCAGUCCACUAUUCACUGAAUUUUGUUCAGAUGGAGCAGUCUAUAUCAUCGCUGGCAUUCAAGGGUUCCAUAGCUGAAGCAAUUGUCGAAUCCAAAAAUCAAAGGAAACUAUUUUUGGUUUAUAUUUCUGGUGAUGAUGCUGAAUCAAGUAGAUUGGAAAGUUCAACAUGGACAAGUUCAAAGGUGGCUGAGUCAGUGUCAAAAUACUGUGUUUUAUUGCAUAUUCCUGCUGGAAGUAUGGAUGCUGCACAGUUUUCAUCAAUAUACCCACAGAAAUCUGUACCAUGUAUUACAGCUGUUGGAUACAAUGGUAUACAACUUUGGCUAAAUGAGGGCUUCAUUGGUGCUGAGGUUUUGGCUUCCAAUUUAGAGAAGGCAUGGCUGGGUCUUCAUAUCCAGGAAACAACAGCAUCUGUUUUGACGGCGGCCCUUGCUUCAAAGAAGUCUGAGGCAUCGACUUCAAGACCCUCUGAUUUACGGAGUUCCUCUUUGGCAUCUGUUUCUCCUUCGGAUCAUCAUAUUGGUUCCUUAGAGACAAAUCUGGGUGUCAAUAGUGGUAUAGUAGAGGAAGAGAAAGGACCCGAAAAAUUAGUCAAGCAGGAAGACAGCAAAGCAGACAUUAAGGAGUCCAAUGUACAUCAUUCUCUGAGUGUUGAGAUUCAGAAUAAUGAUGAAUCAUCCCCUGAGCCCUCUGGGAAAGACAAAAGUUCAUUGGCACAUCCUCAAGACCAGCAAAGCUGUUCCCCUGAAAAUACCUCCAAAAUUGUGAAUGACUCUUAUACCACUCCAAAUCUUAUAGAAUCCAGUCAAUCAGGAGCUCCACAACCAAUUUCUUUAGAAGCCAAGGAAGACGUCCGAGAAAAUAAGGAAAUUGUUGAUGACAAUAAUGCUAUAGAAAAUGAUAGUGCCCGCAAGGACUACGCGUCAAAUGAUGUUCAUUUAAACAUUCGUCUGCUGAAUGGUAUUAACCUACAGGAAAAGUUUUCCAAGACAAGUACCUUGAGGAUGAUCAAGGACUACGUGGAUAACAGCCAACCAAGUACCUUUGGACCUUAUGAUUUAGCCAUCCCAUAUCCUCGCAAGGUUUUCACAGAUCAAGAUUUGGGUAAAUCAUUAUCAGACCUGGGCCUACAUAACAGACAAGCAUUGAUAAUGGUUCGACAUCAAGGAGUUCGUUCUGAUUUAAGAGGAGCAUCAUCCUCCUCUGAUGAAAGAAAAUUUUCAGCCAAUGGUGUUUCUUCAGAUGAAAAUAGUGAUGGGUAUUUUGCAUUCGUUAAAAGGAUUUUAUCUUAUGUGAAUCCAUUCUCUUAUCUUGGGGUAGGGGCGAGCACAGCAAGUUCCAGACAUGAAACUCAGGGAGACGCACGACAAUAUAGUAAUAACUCUUUGGAAGCAGAGGACCACUAUGUCCGCAAACCAAACCAAGGAACUGCAAUGGUGGGUGGAAACAAUACUCGAGGCAAGCAACCAUCUUCUUCAUCUAGAUUUGGAGCAAAUAUUCAUAGCAUUCAUACAUUAAAACAUGACGACGACGAAGAACGAUUCAAAAGUAGGAAUUCCUUUUGGAAUGGUAACUCUACAGAGUAUGGUGGUGACAAUGAUAGCAAAUGACAAUGAUCAAAGACCAGAUUGUCCGAUGAGAAACUUAAAUGCUUUACUUUUAUACAAUAUGAUCUGAAACUUAUAGCUGAUUAUAAUGGCACUGUAUAUAUCUUAAAUUAAAUAAGUCUAUAUUUGGAUGUAAUCUCUACUCUUUUAGAAAGAGAGGAGAAGUAUAGCCUCAAGUUUGGACUAGAAUUAUAUUUGAUCUAAAGUUUCAAAAUCUAACCACCUUGUAUCUAAGCUUUGAAAGAUGACACUCAAUAGUCUCUUUGUCUAAAUCACUUUUCCUCUUGCUGCAUUA